CGCCACGUUUUUUUUCUUUUUGAAGACCCGAACACACUUAUAUAUAUUCUGUCUCUUUCUUUCUUUUCAUUUGACAUUAACAAAACUCUUCAAUGACCGCCAAUGAACGUAUCAGUAUUAUUAACAACAAAGGUGAAAAUAUUGUUGGUAUCCUAGAGAAAAAGCCUGAACUUGACGCUGGACGCAAGCAGCCUCGACUUAUGCUUAUCAGUCAUGGUGUACUAGGACAUAAGGACUAUUUAUUUUUUAGACUUCUUGCACAAGAACUUCCUGUGAGCAGUUUCCGCUUUGACUUUAGAGGCAAUGGAGAUAGUGAAGGACAAGCUGGAUAUGCAAAUAUGGCUGAAGACGCUGAUGAUAUCGAUACUGUGGCCUCCUAUUUUAGAAAAGAAGGAUAUGAAAUUUUUGGUGUUAUUGGACACUCUCGAGGUGCUGUUGCAUGUUUGAAAUAUACAUCUAAUUGUGAAACAGCUAUUCCUCAUGUCAUCAAUUUGUCUGGAAGGUACAAGAUGAAUGAUAAUCAAAUAUACAAGAAUAGACCAGAAAUUGGUGCUGCUUUGGAUAAGGAUGGUUAUUUCAACUGGGAAGUGAAACAGCGUGAUCGUAUUGUACAAAUUCAAGUGACAAAAGAAGAUGUGGAUAAAUUCUGUUCUUGGGAUAACUCUUAUGUCAAGAAUAUGCCUCUUUCUACAUGUGUUUUAACAGUUCAUGGUAUCAAUGAUAAUAUUGUACCUGUUUAUAAUGCUGCCAUGUAUGCCAAUGCUAUUCCAAAUCAUACUCUUGUCUUACUUCCUGAUGCUGAUCAUAACUUCAAGGGUCAUUUUGAGGAAGUUGUCAAGACAAUUGUGGAUCAUUUGAACGAUCAUGAAAAUGACGCUUACAAGAAGAUGGAUACCAUGAAUUAUCCCUCUGCUGUGUUGAUUCCUCGUUGGAUUGAUGUGGAAGGUGUUAAAAACUUUCGAGAUGUUGGUGGAUGGCCGUUAAAGGAUGGUACUGGUUACGUCCGAGAACGAACUGUGUUUCGCUGUGCUCACUUGGGCCAAAUUACCCCUAAAGGAGUAAAUGUUUUACAUCAGUUACAUGUCAAGGCCAUCUUUGAUUUUCGGGCAGAACCUGAAAUUGAACGUUAUGGGGAAUUUCCUGGAGCCGAUGGAAUCACUGUCUAUCCAAGUUCGAUGUACUCCAAGGAAGAUUUUGAACCUGAGAAGAUGGCCGCUAGUUUUCAAGACUAUUUUGAUGGACCUCCUGGCUUUGCAAGAUCAUAUAUGCAAGUUUUAUCAGUAGCAAAGCAGCAAUAUGGCAAGAUCUUUCAUUACAUGAUCAAAGAAUUAUCGCGUGAUUCGAGAAACUCGUUGAUUGUUCACUGUACUGCUGGCAAGGAUCGGACUGGAUUAUGGUGUGUGCUUUUGUUGGGCUUAUGUGGAGUUGAUGAAGAAGUCAUUGCAAGGGAAUAUGCAUUAACCAAUUUGGGAUACUGGGUGGAAGAUAAGGAAAUUGAAUUUCGAGCCAAGUAUACCAACACUACUUUUGAACAAAUGAAAACUGCCUGCUCUGCACCAUAUGAAGCUAUGAAGAUCUUUUUGGUGUCCGUGAAGGAAAAAUAUGGAUCUUUCGAGUCAUAUAUUCAAAAUGAAUGUGGAUUGACAGCAGAUGAAUGUAGCACUCUUCGGCAAUUGAUGGUGAUACCUAUUCCGUUUGAACAAAAACAACUCUAUCGCAAAAAAGUGGACUCGACAUAGAGCACAAUGCUUUUUUUUCUUUUUUUUUUUUUACAAUCUACUUGGGAUAGUACCCUAUGUUUAGUAUUUAAAUAUAUAUAUCUGUAUGUAUUA